ACACAAUCUUAUCUAUUUUACCUUAACCUUUUCAAGAAAGAGAGAAAGUGCUUCUGUUCUCUGUCCCCAUCAGUGCUCCUCCCUGUGAACGAUGUUACCCUGAACACUGUUGUAGUUCACAUCACCCAUGAGCCAGGCUGGUUUGGUGCUCGACGUUUGCGUCCUCGUUUUGCGAGUGGGAUUUGUCAUUAUUGCGGGAUAUUUUACCUUUUAUAUCACCUCAGGCUACUGGCAGCGCCAUGUUGUGUUCGGUGUUCGGAGACCAACCUGCCUGGCACAGAACACUCACGCAUCCUGCACCUGAUCUCAUGUUCUUCGUGCUUUUGGACAAAAAAACGGUAGAUUCAUGCUCUGUAAAUUAAAACAUAUUUUUUGGAUCAAGUUGUUUAUUCGUGUUGUGAAUUCAUCAUAAUGACCUGUUAGUUUUUUAAUUUAACCUUUUCACAGACGAGAACAAGCUAACUUUCCCUUGACCAGACAAGGGCUAAGGUGGGCUGUUGCAUGUCUUAUAGUCUAUACAGUUGCAACAAGCUAUAUGUUGAGUUGAUGUGUGUACAUUUUAACAGAGUUUUAUAAUUGAAGAUAUGAAGGUAGGUAAAUGGACCCAUCCCUCAUGCGACCCGGCAGCGCCUGGCCUCGCAGGAGAAUGUAGCGGGUCAGUCCUGCUUCAGUCAUGUGAGCGGCUGUGCCAGUUCGGUGUCAAUUAACGGAGACAGCGUGGAAGUCAUGAGACCGGGGGUGCACACGGAUACCGGCUCCUUUGCUGCACGCAAACGAUAGCUACCUUAAUGAAGUGAAAAACUGUUGGGUUUUAAGCCGAGUUGGGUAGAAGGUAGUUGAAUGUACACUACACCUCAUCAGACAGAAGGAAAGAUAAAGCAACACACGACAUGUCGGCUUUUCUGAUUUAAAUACGUUAAUGAAAGAGGUGGUGUCACGCCACUAUCCGUAGUUUGUAAAGCAUGUCUGCAUUGCCGACAAACCAGAAUCACAUGCGCAAGUAGGAUUAAUGUGGUCCUAUGUGUGACGUCGUACACGGACGGACUGGGUGGGUCUACGAAGAAAUCUCUCAUACGGAUUGUUAUCAGGACAACGACGUAUUUUGCUCCAACCCCAUUGAAAAGUUGUGUAAUAUCCUUAAAAAACUAUCUACCAAGUAUGUCGUACGGAAGAACAGACACCGGUCGUUCGCAGCCGCGAGACUUCAGCAACCUUACCCAGACAUGCAGCACCAACAUCCAAAAAAUCACCCAAAACACUGGCCAGAUUAAAACGAUGCUGCACCAAAUGGGGACGAGACAAGAGACACCCCAGGUGCAAGACCGGCUGCAACAGGUGCAGCACUACACAAACCAGCUGGCCAAGGAGACCAACAGACACCUGAAAGACCUGGGCUCUUUGCCCCUGCCUCUCUCUCCCUCAGAACAGAGACAGCAGAAGAUCCAGAAGGAGCGUCUGAUGAGCGACUUCUCGGCGGCGCUCAACAACUUCCAGCUGAUGCAGCGCAGAGCCGCGGAGAAGGAGAAGGAGUCCGUGGCCCGGGCCCGAGCCGGGUCCCGCGUCCUGGGCGACGGUGGGAAUGCUGAGGAACAGCUCGUGACGUUCGAAAAAGAUGACGACUGGAGCCAGAGCCAGACCCAGACGGAGGAGGCCCCCAUCACUGAAGAGGACCUGGAGGUCAUCAAGGAGAGGGAGACCAACAUCAGGCAGCUGGAGUCCGACAUUAUGGACGUGAACCAGAUCUUCAAGGACCUCGCAGUGAUGAUCCACGAUCAGGGAGAGAUGAUAGACAGCAUCGAGGCCAACGUGGAGAGUGCUGAGGUCCACGUAGACAGAGGCGCUGCCCAGCUCCAACGAGCCUCCUACUACCAGAGGAAGUCUCGUAAGAGGAUGUGCAUCCUGGCCAUGGUGCUGUCUCUGGUGCUCACCGUCCUGGGCAUCAUCAUCUGGAAGGCCAUCGAGUAAAGGGAGGGGGGACACGGGGGAAGGAUUUGAGAGGCGCACAGACAACCUGACAUGACUUCCAGUGUGUGUGUGUGAGAGCGCGUAUGUGUGUGUGGGAGUGAGUGAGUGUGUGUGUGAGAGUGUAUGUGUGUGUGGGAGUGAGUGUGUGUGUGUACGUGUUGAAGAAGGAUGAACACAGCCAAGGACUUCCCCUGUAAUUGAGAUUUGAUGAGGUUUGUGCUAUCCCCUCGAAAUGGCAUUGUGUGGUUGUUUAACCUCGUCAACCAAAACAAGUUAGAAAACAAACGACAGCUCUCAAUAUUUAACCGGUUCUCACUACUGCUACUGCUACUGCUACUCCUGUAUUGUGUCAGCCGUCUUUCAGAUUCGCAGCCCCAGAGACGGCGUAAGCACAAGGGGAACACAUAGGUCCUGUACGUGUGUGAAAGGAAGUCACAACAAACUGUAGAUAACUCUUCCCAACAGUAAACUGUACAUUCUGACUUGCUGACAGUGCUACAACUUACUUUCUUGUCGGAUAAGCACAACACCUCCGCUGUUAUUCCACUGCUGUUGAGGGUACAUUUGAUCUUUUGCAAAAUUGCACAUACUUUUUAUGUAUAUACAUGUCAUGGGUAAUAUUGUUUUUCUGUUGCCUCUGUCUCUAAGGUGAAGCCUAUUGUCCUACUCAGAUAUGUUGCUUCCUGACGUGAUUAUAAAGAUUACCACUGGCAUAAUACCAAGGAAGAGAGUCCAUUCUCCUUUCUUAUGUUUAUUAUGAUCGUAGUCUCAAUUUAUUCAAUAAAAUUAUCUAUGUA